GGUUGAAGGCCCUGCUACCACUUCAUACGUAAAUUUUCGUCCCAAUAGACGUCGUCAGCACCAUGUCGGGCCUACUAGGAGCCGGCUACGAGUCCAGCGGCGACGAGGCUCCCGUCGCGCAACCUCCUCCAGCGCGGCCGAAGGCUGUGAAUGCGGCACCAGAGGUAUCAAUAGAGGAUGCGUCUGAAAUGCAGAUAAUGUUAGCGAACCCUACGAGUACAGCCCUCACAUACAACGCCACAUAUGACAAUCUUUCGAGACCGUCGCAAGGCCCAGCCAACCCGUUUGUAUCCUCGACUGGAAAUGUCCUGAAGCGCAAAAAUGUCCUCACCGGGAAUGCGGAGGAGACCAGCAUGUCCGAAGCCACCUUCAAAACUCAACACAGAACCUUCCAGAGUUUGGGCUACACGAAAGACCCCAGCUUGGACGGCGCCUUCGUGGGAAACCAAUCUGCGAUCGCAAAAUAUGGUGGAAAAGACGUUGUCCAACUACGGCAUUCUAGAGAAGAAAGCGCAAUGAUCCGGGCCAAGAGACAGAAAAAGGGUGACAGCAGUAUAGUCGACGGCGAGGGCGCAUACCUUGGACCAUGGGCGAGAUAUACAAGCGACGACGUCGCCUACGAACAGGCCGAAGCCGCAGCCGACCAGGAACUAGCCUCGGACGAAGAAUGGGUAGAAGAAGGCAUCGAGCCUCUACCGGCCCCACCAAAGGAAGCCACAGCAUACGCCGAAGAUUCCAGCGUUGCUGAGACCACGGAAUUCCACGGUGCUUCAGAGUUGGACUACCAAGGCCGCACCUACAUGCACAUCCCUCAAGAUCUGGACAUCGACCUACGCAAAGAGCCUGGCUCCAUACAGAAUUACGUCCCCAAGAAACUCAUACACGUAUACAAGUACCACACCAAGCCCAUCACAUCACUACGUUUCAUUCCGAAAUCUUCACAUCUCCUACUCUCUUCCUCCGCCGACGCAAAGAUCGCACUUUGGGACGCCCAUCACGACCGCACUCUUCUCCGGACCUUCUCCGGACACAACAAAGCCAUCACAGACACCGACUUCCAUCCCACCGGCCGCACAUUCCUCUCGGCCUCUUACGACCGCCAAAUGAAACUCUGGGACACCGAGACAGGAAAAUGCAUAUCACGGUUCACCACCGGGAAAACGCCGCACACAUUGCGCUUCCACCCCGACGGCAACGAGUUCAUUGCCGGCAUGUCCGACAAGAAGAUCGUACAAUUCGACACACGCUCGGGCGAGCUCACGCAGGAAUACGACCACCACCUGGGGCCCAUCAACACGCUUACAUUCGUCGACGAGGGCCGCCGAUUCAUAUCCACCUCCGACGACAAGUCCCUGCGGGCGUGGGAAUACGGCAUCCCCGUGCCCAUCAAGUUCAUCGCGGACCCGAGCAUGUACGCGCUCGUCCGGGCCACGCCGCACCCGAGCGGCAAGUACGUGGCAUUCCAGAGCGCGGACAACCAGAUCGUCGUGUACGCGGCGGGCGACAAGUUCCGGCAGAACCGCAAGAAAGGGUUCCGCGGACACAACACGAGCGGGUAUGCGAUUGACGUGGCGAUCUCUCCGGACGGCGGAAUCAUUGCGUCCGGCGAUACGGGAGGGUAUGUUUGCUUUUGGGACUGGAAGACGGGCAAGAUGUGGCAUAAGAUCCAGGCGGGCGGGGAAGGCACGGGCGCAGUCACCUGCGUCGCGUGGCAUGGCCAAGAGAGUAGUAAGGUUGCCACGGGCGGCUUGGAUGGUAUUAUCAGGUACUGGGAUUGAGAGGCAGUCUUCUUUUUUGCGCGACCGAUCGUGGAAAAAUGGAAGGGGGACUUUGUCGUUUCGUCGCGGCGGUGGGACCAGACAUGCGCCAUGUGCUCGCCCCCCGAGUGAUAUGAUCAAUGAUAAAAAGGAAGUGCUUGCUCCACGUCCACGGCAUUUUGCACGAGCUGCUGGCCAGGUUCUUGACUACUGCUGCUCAUCCCCCGAUCGGCUCAACCUGGUCUUGAUUUACGGAAAUCGAUGAUCAAGGCUUGAUCUUCAAGAUCGUCUCUCGACCCCUACACUCUACCCAAACUUGGCGUGAUAAUGACAGCACACGCCUGACGCUUGGACGAACUCUACUGGCACCAUGGACGAACGAGAUUAUCAUGUCGAGGAGGGAGUCCCGUGGGUAUGUUUGGGUUGGUCUACAUAGCUUUGUCAAAGUAUUAAUACACCAUCCAAGCAGUCUA